CGUGUCGCGUCAGUUACCGGUUACCGGCUGUUUUGCGUGUUAUUGGUUGGUGUUUUUCAACGCUUAUUGCAUCUCAAGGCUGUACAUCAACGUAUGUAUGUUUAAAUUUAAUUAACAUAGAUAUCGUACAAUAUAUUGCCCAUAAUGGACUUUAUACUUAAAUUCUUACCAUCGACCAUGCAUGCUGAAUAUAAAGAAGCUAUUAAAAGCACGACGAGUAAGAUGCUGGAGCAUGUUAACAACAGGAGCAGGAGUUAUCAAUGGAGCUUAGAAGAUUUUGAAAUCGGCUCACCAUUAGGAAGAGGAAAAUUUGGUCGUGUGUAUCUAGCCAGGGAGAAAACUACUCAGUAUAUGGUUGCCUUGAAGACGUUGUACAAAGUUGAAUUGGUAAAGGGACGCGUGGAGAAGCAAGUAAUGCGAGAAAUUGAAAUACAGUCGCAUUUGAGACAUCCGCAUAUUCUUCAGCUGUUAACGUAUUUCCAUGAUAACAAGAGGAUCUAUCUGGUAUUGGAAUUUGCUGCGAGAGGUGAAUUGUACAAGGAAUUAAAACGUCAACCAAACGAGAGAUUCAGCGAGCACUUGUCUGCCAAAUAUACUUACCAAGUGGCCGACGCUUUGGAGUAUUGUCACAGGCACAAUGUGAUUCACAGAGACAUAAAACCUGAGAAUUUGUUACUUACGUAUAACGGAGAUAUAAAGCUCGCAGACUUUGGGUGGUCCGUACACGCGCCGUCCUCGAAACGAGACACGUUGUGCGGAACAUUGGAUUAUUUGCCACCAGAGAUGAUAAUGGGCCAAGCUUAUGAUUUCUACGUCGACCAUUGGUGCUUAGGAAUUCUCUGUUACGAGUUCCUCACGGGGCAGCCGCCUUUCUUAAGCGGUUCCACGCAAGAAACGUACGCGAAGAUAAAGACUAUAAGUAUACAGUGGCCGGAACAGAUCAAACCUCCAGCCAAAGACCUUAUAUCCAAGUUGAUCAAGAAACAAAGUUCGGAGCGAAUUUCCUUGGCUGGAGUUAAGAGACAUCCCUGGAUCGUAGAACACAAAAAUUCACCUAAACGAAAAGCUUAAACUUAAG